AUGUGUGUUUGUACAAGCAUCUCUAGUCACAUUUUUCAGUCAGUGAUAUUAUUUUCGCAGUCGGAUGAAAUCGGGUUGUAUUUCAUAUUCCCACUGAUUGUUCAUCUCGGCAAUUUAUAUCAUACGCUUUAUCGACAUUACUACAGCCUCGACGGGCGAUUCGAUAUGGCCCGAGUGCUGGACGUUGAAGACUUAAACAUGAAAGCCAGAUAUGCAUUCGCCUCAAUGGGAAGUUUUAUGCUAGCGAUACUCGGGCAUUUCAUGCUGCGCGACAUCUCAUCCACCCUUUAUCACAUUGCCGACAUCGCAUCGAUUGCCUCAUCCGGCUUCAUUCUGGCAUAUGAAGUAAUCGAGACAGUGAAAAGCAAAAUUUCAUGA